AUGCCGAAGAAGAAGUUAGACCUAACUUACAUUUCCGAUGACACAUCAAGGAAGCUAACAUUCAAGCGGAGGAAGAGAGGAUUUAUGAAGAAACUCGAUGAGUUCAAGGAUCUCUGCAACGUCGAUUCAUGUGCAAUCAUGUACAGUCCAUUCGACACCAAUCCAGAUGUAUGGCCAUCAAACUUGGAGGAGGUGACUAACUUACUGAAGAAGUUUGAGAUGUUGUCGGAGUCGGAGAAGCUACACAAAUCGGUGAACCUUGAAGGAUUUAUCAAUCAUGAUAUCACAAAAGGCGAGAAGAAGAAUAAAAGGAUGAUGAAUGAAAAUAAGGAGAGUUUCAUGAAGGAGCUCAUGUUGGGAUAUCUUGGUGGAAACAUGGGAGAUCUGAGUAUGGACGAUAAUAUUCGUCGUGACUUGUGUAAGUUCAUAGAUCAAUAUCUCAUGAAUCUUAUUCACCAUAAAAACGUAAACCUAAAGAAUCCAAAUUUUGAAGUCGGUGAAUCUUCCUCAAUGGCUAUGGCUGCAGACAUGGCACUAACCUCUAUGGAUGGGGUCAUGGCUCCACCAGCUAUGACUGAAGUAGGUUCCUCCUCCUUCAUGAGCCCCCCGACCCUUAACACUCCUUGGCUAACCGACGAGUUGCAAGCUAUGAUCUCUUCAUACCAAAUGCAAAAGCACAUUCAUCCUCUUGCAAAAAAUUCUCUURAUGUCCCAAUCUCCAACUCUCCUCAACCAACCAACAACUUUCAGUCCAUAAUGUCUUCGAACCAAAUACCCGAACAUGUUAAUUCUCUUGGAGGCAAUAUUCUGAAUGCACCAAAAUUUAACUAUCAUCUUCUGACCAAUGAGUUACAAGCCAUGAUCUCUUCAUAUCAAAGACCAGAACAUGUUAAGUCUCUCGCAAACAAUUUUUCGGAUGCCCCAAUCUUCAAUUCUCCUCAACCAACCAACGAGUUGCAAUCCUUAAUCUCUUCAUAUCAAAGACAAGAACAUGUUAAUUCUCUUGCAAAAACUUCUCAAAAUACCCCAAUCAUCAACUCUCCUCAACUUAGAAACGAGUUGGUGCCCAUAAUCUCUUCAAGCAAGGGAUCAGAGCAGUUUAAUGUUCUUGCAAGCAAUCUCCUCCCCAAUAGCAAGGACGAAGUAUAUAUUCCAGUUACGAGUCAGGAUGAAUUUUACAAUCCGCAUCAGUAUCAAGAUCAGCAACAAGAGUUGGUCGAAGAGAUGUUGAAACUUGGUGAGCAAACAGGUUUUCCUUGGAUGGACGACAAUCACCAGUUCUAA